AUGGCGUUGAGGCAUUCAGUCGUUCGGUUGGUUGGAAUUGUGCUCUUAGUUUUGGCUAUGGUGGCGUUGCCAGCAGCAGUGGCCUCAGAUAACUGGUUUACGGCUUGUGUACACGCCCAAAACGGAAAAACAGCUAAGAUUGGUCUGUGGGGGAUGUGUGUCUACGAGGAUAACAUUGGAGACGAUGCCCCGACACUUCCCUGUUUUGACUUUACAUCUGUACCAGACUACAUCAGUGCAUGCCGGGCUUUGAUGGUGUUAUCAUGUAUUUGUGCGGUGGCUAGUUUUGUUAGUGCGUUUAUUGGCCUGAUUAAAGAUGACGUUCUACUUCGUGUGGCUGGAUCAUUCCUGAUAAUAGCGAGUAUUUUAUCCUUCAUUGCUAUCAUCGUGUUUCCCGUUAAGUUUGAGUACCAUCUGGAUGACCAUGGUCAUCUUGAGGAUAUCAGAUUACGAUGGGGAAUGUACGUCGCCAUAACAGGAUGUGUGUUAUCAAGUAUUACCGCAGUACUUAUGUUCGUCGGUAGUGUCCGUCGCAGUAGUCACAAGGGAGCUGUUUGGAACAAACCGGAGUAUUUACCUGAAGAAGCGCAGACGUUACUCAUUCAAAGUAACUUUUACUGA